AAAAUUUUGAUUUUAUACUUAAAUAUAUAUAUAUAUAUUAACGAAUUUUUAGCUGAAAACUCCCAAAGAAAUUAGAGUCUACGAGUCAACAAGACUUCACCAAACCUCUUCAUUAUUUCAGCUAAAAUUUACAUCACAACUAAUUAAAGACUCACCUAUACUUCACCUUCCCGAUACCCAUCUUCCAUCAUUCUUCACAAACCACAAGCCCUCCAUGACCAACAAUUUUAAUAAUAAUAAUAAUAAAAAUAAAAAUAAAAUAAAUCCCCCUUCUAUAAAACUCGUCACAAUAUCCAAAAGUUUCAUACACAAAGAAACCAACAUGGGAACAGAAACUCAAACCAUAGCCCAGAAAGAGAUCAUAUUCCGUAGCAAAUACCCCCCGGUAAAUGUCCCCGACGACGUCACCCUGCCGGAAUUCAUACUCUCCGACGUCCAACGCUACUUCGACAAAGUCGCCUUCGUCGACGCCGUCACCGGAAAAUCCUACACCUACCGCGAAGUUAACCGCGACGUCCACCGGUUCUCCAAAGCCUUGCGCUCUCUCGGCCUCCGCAAAGGCCGCGUCGUCGUCGUCCUCCUCCCCAAUGUGGCCGAGUACGCCACCAUCGCCCUCGGCAUCAUGGCCGCUGGCGGCAUUUUUUCCGGCGCCAAUCCCAACGGUCAUUCGUCGGAGAUCAAGAAGCAAGUCGAGGCUGCCGACGCAAAGCUCAUCAUCACCGAUGCAUUGACGUACCAUAAGGUUAAGGAUUUGGGCUUGCCUGUUAUAAUACAAGGCGAGGAUCACGUCGAGGGUACGAUAAAUUGGAAUGAGCUCCUCGAGGCCGCCGAGCGAGCCACCACCGGCGCCGUCGAAGAAAAAGUUCAACAAACGGAUAUUUGCGCCCUCCCUUUCUCGUCGGGCACGACGGGUCUUUCCAAGGGCGUGAUGUUGACGCACCGUAACCUCGUGGCGAACCUUUGCUCGUCCCUCUUCAGUGUCGGCCCCGAGCUGAUCGGACAAGUCACCAUACUCGGCUUGAUCCCGUUCUUCCACAUCUACGGCCUCACCGGAAUUUGCUGCGCCACCAUCCGCAACAAGGGAAAGGUCGUCGUGAUGCACCGCUACGAUCUCCGACUCUUCCUCGACGCACUCAUCACGCACGAGGUCACGUUCGCGCCCAUCGUCCCGCCGAUCAUAUUAGGCCUCGUCAAGAAUCCGAUCGUCGACGAAUUCGAUCUCUCCAAGCUCAAGCUAAGAUCCGUCAUGACGGCAGCGGCCCCUCUCGCGCCGGAGAUUCUCAACGAGUUCGAGAAAAAGUUCCCCGGCGUUCAAGUUCAAGAGGCCUACGGAAUGACCGAGCAUAGCUGCAUAACGUUAACUCACGGCGACCCGAGCAAGGGACACGGAAUCGCGAAGAAAAAUUCCGUCGGGUUCAUUCUUCCGAAUUUGGAAGUGAAGUUCAUCGAUCCGGAGACCGGAAGCACGCUUCCGGCGAACACACCGGGAGAAAUUUGUGUCCGGAGCCAGUGUGUAAUGAAAGGAUAUUACAAGAACGAAUACGAGACGAGCCUCACCAUCGACGAUGACGGAUGGCUUCACACCGGCGACAUUGGCUACAUCGACGACGAUGGGGACAUGUUCCUCGUGGAUCGGAUCAAAGAGCUUAUCAAAUACAAAGGCUUCCAGGUCGCGCCGGCUGAGCUCGAGGCGAUACUUCUUACACACCCUUCGAUCGAAGAUGCUGCCGUUGUCGGGUUACCGGACAAAGAAGCCGGGGAGAUACCGGCGGCGAGCGUUGUAAUGAACGAGAAAGCAAAAGAGAAAGAAGAAGACAUAAUGAAGUAUGUUGCAAACAACGUUGCAAGUUACAAAAAAAUUAGGGUUUUGCAGUUUGUGGAGGCUAUUCCCAAAUCUCCUUCGGGGAAGAUCAUGAGAAGACUCAUUAAAGAAAAUAUGCUCAAGAAUACUAAUUAAUAAUAAUAAUUAACAUCUUAAUUAAUUUCAUACUCAUUUCUUGCAAUAAUUUAGGAAUAAUCUAUAUAAUAUCAUGUCCUCAAUUAUUACAUUAUUUUAG